AAAAACAAAAAGGAAUUAGUCUUUAUACGUUGCCUCUCCCUCUAAAAAUUUAAUUUGCAAUGGCGACCCUAAUGUAUCACAUGUUGUCAUCGUCUUCACUGUUAUCUCUGGGAUUCUACCACCUCAUCUGCACCACCCGGAACCGCCUCAAAUCCGCCGGAGACUACGUCGCCAAACCCUACCACCCUCUCUCCUUCAUAUCUCAGCCGCAUCUCCGCCGUCUACCUCUUUAUCUCCUCCUUCUCUGCCUCCUCAUUUCUCUGAUCCAUCAAUCGCUCGUCUCUUUAGAUGCCGAUCCUCUCCUCAAAGGUCAUACUCCGGUGCACCGUUUCACCUCACUUCAAGCCGCCGCCGUUGUUUUCUCGUUUCUAAUACUCGUUGUUUUUCUCCUAAUCUCCGAGUCAACUUCUCUUCUCCCGCUUCCUCCCGAUCUGUUCUUCGCUUUAGCUGCUGCACUUUUCUACCUACAGUAUUCGGUAUCCGAUUCUUCUGCUUCCGUUCAAACCUCCGAUCUCCAGGCUAAAUGUGAUUCCGUUUCA